AUCUAUAAUAAUCCUGGCAAAUAACACGGCACGUCACACUUUCAACAUUUUGGUUAUUCCGUCGCUUAAUCCGCCUCAAACUCAUUACACACCAAAGAUAAGAUUGAUUCCGACCGUCGCUAAUUCAUAUUCCCCAAAUUCCAUUAUCUUCAUUCUUUCAGUUCGUCCAUGAUAUUCUCGUCGCUAAAACUGCAUCAAUCUACAACUUCAGCUGCAUGAAUAGUCAUCUCAUUCAACUGCCAACGGAAACUACGAGCUGCUUCAAGGCCAAAGCAGUGUUUUACAGGUCAAAUCAGUCAUGGCAUCGGUGUUUGUUACUUCGACGACGACAAGUGUAUCUUCAAUUAGGUCGUUUUCUUCUUUGUCUCCUCGUCAAUCCGAUUGUUAUAGUUGUUCGUCUACUUCGUUACGUUCUUCUCGUCGGCGAUUCAUCCAACGCUGCCCUAAUUUGAGGCUGAACAAAUUGUAUACAAGAUGUUCUUUGACAAAUAUUGAAGUCUUGAAUAACAUUGUGACUGAAGAAGUUGAUCAUGAUGCUUCAUCAGAAGCAUCAAGUUGUUCAGUUCCCGUUGUCCAUCUUGAUUCGGAAAUCCAUGAUACUGAAUCAACAAACUUACUGGUGGAAGGCACUUUUGUAGACAUGAUUUUGACAACAUUGCCGAUUCUUUCAGAGGAAGAACAGGAUGUCAUUGCUGCAACACCUGCUCAUCCAGCAGGGCUAUAUGCAUUAUAUGCUAGUUGUCUAGCUGGGAACUUGGUGGAACAGCUAUGGAAUUUUGCUUGGCCUGCUGCUAUUGCUUUGCUUCAUCCAAGCCUUCUUCCAGUUGCAGUCAUGGGUUUCUGCACCAAGGUUGCUGUUAUUGCUGGAGGCCCGUUAGUUGGCAGACUUAUGGAUCUAUAUCCCCGUGUACCUGCAUAUAAUUUUUUGACUACUGUGCAGGCAUCUGCUCAACUGUUAUCAGCUGUGAUGAUAAUGCAAGCACAUAUGGCACAUGCCUCACUUGAAACCUCUGUACUCAUGCGUCCCUGGUUCAUCGUAUUAGUUUUAGCAGGGGCUGUUGAGAGGCUAUCUGGACUCGCUCUUGGGGUUGCAGUUGAACGUGAUUGGGUUGUUCUGUUAGCAGGAACCAACAGGCCAAUUGCUCUUGCUCAAGCGAAUGCUAUUCUGAGUCGUAUUGAUCUCCUCUGUGAGAUUGCUGGAGCAUCACUGUUUGGCAUUCUUCUAUCCAAAUAUGAAACAGUAACAUGCUUGAAGCUUGCUGCUGCUUUAAUGAUGUGGGCAUUGCCUGUUGUGAUUGGUCUCACGUGGUUAACCAACAAGCUUUCGUAUGGUGUUCUUGACCGUACUAAAUGUCCACAAACAUGCUGCAGAACUUCCUCCGGAGAAUCUGAUCCACAUGUCGAUAAUUUAGUGGAUAUCAGUAUGGCUUCUAUUAAACACGGGUUGGAUGAAUACAUGAAGCAGCCUGUUCUUCCAGCUAGCCUAGCUUAUGUACUUCUUUGCUUUAAUGCUGUACUUGCCCCAGGUGGUCUAAUGACAGCUUUCCUCACACAGCAUGGUUUAAGUCCGUCUCUUAUUGGAGGCUUUAGUUGCUUAUGUGCUUUUAUGGGUGUUGGAGCAACAUUCAUGUCUGCUCAAAUGGUCAAGCACCUUGGUAUUUUAAAGGCUGGAGCAGCUGGACUCAUAUUGCAAGCUUCAGUUCUUACAAUGGCGGUUGGUGUCUAUUGGAGUGGAGCUCUUACAAAUCAGACUGCACUUCUGUUUUUUCUUGGUUUUAUAGUGUUAUCAAGAUUGGGGCACAUGUCAUACGAAGUAAUCGGGUCACAGAUUUUACAAACCGGGAUCCCACCUUCUAAAGCAAAUCUUGUCGGGGCAACCGAGGUUUCCAUUGCCAGCUUAGCAGAGUCGAUAAUAUUGGGUGUUGUUAUAAUUGCAAACGACGUAUCACAUUUUGGAUUUUUGGCCACGCUUUCCCUUAUAUCGGUGGUGGGUGCAGCAUGGUUGUUCUGUCGGUGGUUAACCAAUCCUUCGGAUGUACAAACAAGCCUUUUCUCUUUGUGACCUGAAAUUCGUUAGUUCACUGUAGAUAUAGCCAUUGGGUUUUCUAAUUAUAGCUCAAAUUCAUGUUUUAAUUUUAGUUUUAGUUUUGUUGUUUUUAGAGUAAUAAGAUCGUGGUAUAUGUUACAUUGACAUUCAAUUUAGUUGUUAGAACUUAGAAGUGCUA